UGGCUCCAGUCUGAGCUGCUGGACAGGCACAGAACUGUCAUGGCACUCUGGGGGAUUCUCCUCUGUACCUUGGUAGCUUUGCUGCUCGGUGGGUUUUACCUCCUGGGCGUGUUUCGGAGACGGAGACCUGAUGAGCCACCUCUGGACAAAGGUACAAUUCCCUGGCUGGGUUACAUGCUGGAUUUCAGAAAGAAUAGUUCAGAGUUUGUCAAAAGGAUGCAGAGAAAACACGGGGAUAUUUUCACGGUGCUGAUCGGAGGCUAUUACUUUACCUUCGUGAUGGAUCCCUUCUGCUUCCCAGCCAUUGUGAAGGAAUCACGAACUAAGCUAGACUUCAGAACUUUUGCAUCCAGACUGGUCCUACAGGUUUUUGGCUACAAGCCCAUUGAAGCCAACCAUGCCAUAAUUCAGGAAAGCAGCAGAAAGCAUCUGAUGGGAGAUGGACUCACUGUCAUGACACAAGCCACCAUGGAAAACUUUCAGAAGCUGAUGUUUUUCAACCUGGGCUCAGGAGAGGAGAAGCGAGUCUGGCAAGAGGACAGCCUCUUCCACUACUGCUACAACGUGGUCUUCAGAGCUGGGUACCUGGCUCUGUUUGGCACUGAGCCACACCAGGGUGCAGAUAACAAGGAGAAAGCCCACGAGCAAGAUCGCAUCCUCUCCGACCAGGUGUUCCACGAGUUUCGCAAGUACGACCGCCUCUUCCCACGCCUGGCCUACGCAGUUCUGCCUCCCAAGGACCAGAAGGAAGCUGAACGGCUGAAAACGUUCUUCUGGAGCAUGGUGUCCGUGAAGAAGACCUGGCAGAAGGACAAUAUCAGUGGGUGGAUAAGAGAUCAAAACCAACUUCUGGCAGAGAACGGUGUCCCUGAGUACAUGAGGGAUCGUUUCAUGUUUAUGCUCCUCUGGGCAUCCCAAGGCAAUACAGGCCCAACUACCUUCUGGCUCCUCUUUUAUCUAAUGAAGAAUCCAGAAGCUAUGGAGGCUGUGAAGGGGGAGGUAGAUAGAGUCUUAAGGGAGAAUGGACAGGAAGCAAAGCCAGGGUGCCCACCGGUUAACAUCACUAGGGAUAUGCUGAACCAGACUCCUCUUCUGGACAGCGCUCUGGAGGAGACCCUGAGGCUGGUUGCAGCCCCAAUUCUGGUCAGAGCUGUCCUCCAGGACACCAGCCUGAAGACGAGCAGCGGGACGGAGUACACCCUCCGCAGAGGAGACAGGGUGGCUCUGUUCCCGCACGUCUCCGUGCAGAUGGACCCGGGAAUUCACCCCGAGCCUCACAAGUUCAAGUACAACCGCUUCAUCAACCCAGACGGCACCAAGAAAGAUUUCUACAGAGACGGCAAGAGGCUGAAAUACUUCAACAUGCCUUGGGGGGCAGGAGUGUCCAUCUGCCCCGGCCGCUUCUUUGCUACCACGGAAAUGAAGCUCUUUGUGUUCUUGAUGCUGAGUUACUACGAGCUGGAGCUGGUGGACGGGGAAGAGGAGAUCCCCGCCAUAGACGCCAGCCGCUGGGGAGUGGGCACGAUGCAGCCCGUUCGGGACGUUCGCUUCAGAUACCGCCUGCGCUUCUGA